CGGGGUCAUUUCCCAAAGAGGGGGCGCAGGAACCACAGCGCCCAUCACCCCCCAACCCCGCAGCCUUCCUGGCCAUGCCGGGCGAGGGCCCCCCCUCAGGCACCAUCCCCGGGUGGGCGUGUGAGGGGCCGGGGGCCGGCGGCAAGAACCGGCGCGUGUGCCACGCUGCGGCACGGCUGGAGAUGGGCAGCCUCUGGGAGGAGUUCAACCGCCUCGGCACCGAGAUGAUCGUCACCAAGGCAGGCAGAAGGAUGUUCCCCACCUUCCAGGUGAAGCUGUCGGGGCUGGACCCGUCGGCCGACUACGUCCUGCUGAUGGACUUCAUCCCGCUGGAUGACAAGAGAUACAGGUGGGGAUGGGGAGGGCUGGGGGCAUGGGGACCGCGUCCCGGUGGUGCUGAGCCCCCCCCCCCCCGGCCCUGCAGGUACGCCUUCCACAGCUCCUCCUGGCUGGUGGCCGGCCGCGCCGACCCGGCGGCCCCCGGCCGCGUCCACUUCCACCCCGACUCGCCUGCCAAGGGGGCCCAGUGGAUGCGGCAGAUCGUCUCCUUCGACAAGCUCAAGCUCACCAACAACCUCCUGGACGACAACGGCCACAUCAUCCUCAACUCCAUGCACCGCUACCAGCCCCGCUUCCACGUGGUGCUGGUGGACCCCCGGCGCGACAGCGAGCGCUUCGCCCACGAGAACUUCAAGUCCUUCAGCUUCCCCGAGACCCAGUUCAUGGCAGUGACAGCUUACCAGAACCACCGGGUGAGCUGUGGCCGGGGUCAGGGGGGAGGACACACGGGGGUGCCCCCCACCCCACGCCCCCUGACCCCCCGAUCCCCGCAGAUCACCCAGCUGAAGAUCGCCAGCAACCCCUUCGCCAAGGGCUUUCGGGAUGGGGAGCCCGAGCCAUGGUAAGACCCUGGGUGCUGCCAUGAUGCCACGGUGAUGGGCUCCGUGCUGCCUGCCCUGAGCCACCCCCAUCUCUCUUACAGGUGUGGGGGCACGCUGUCCCCCCCCCCGGGCUGCUGCACAGCAGAAAGGUCGGGGGGCUGGGGGCCGCGCUGCCCCCCCGCUGCUCCCCCACGGCCGUGGGGCGCUGGCAGCCAUGGCCCCCCCUGGCUUCCCCGCGCCGCCCUUCCAGCCCCUCGCAUACCCCCCCAGCGUCUAUGUGGGGGCCAAGCCCCGUGCUGGCCCCUACCCGCUGCCCCCCCUGCGGCCAGCCAGCUUCAGCAGUGCCGCGAGCACCUUCGGCUAUGGGCAGCAGUGAGGGGGGACCCCCUGCGCCCCCCCCUUGGACCCUCACCCAAGGAGGGGAUGGAGACGGGGAGCUGGGGGG